AUGGUCACUCACGAAGCUAUCCGACCAAAGCUUGAGGUAAUAAAGGCAAAGAGGGAAAGACUGGCAGACCUUGACCGUCAGAUCACCGAACUUCAACGUCAGAGAUCGCCUGUUGCUUCUGAGCUUGACAAUGAUUUUAAGCCAAACAAACCUCGAUUGGAAAAGUACACUACUGAUGCAGCUGCCCUGACCCAAGACCUUCCGCUCGUUGAUGUUCAUUAUGAAGGCAUUAGGGAGGAAACCGGCAAAGUCUUUGACACGAUGCAUGAAGGUAAUACAAUUUUCUCAUUUGAGGUUGGGAAAGGUAGUGUGAUCAAGGCUUGGGAUUUUGCAGUGAAAACCAUGAAGGUUGGGGAGAUUGCUAAGAUCACUUGCAAGCUGAAAUAUGCCUAUGGUAGUACGGAUUCUCCACCAGAUAUUCCACCAGAAUGCAUGUUGGAAAGAAUCAUAAGUUCAUUUUGGGAAUGCAAGCUCUGCUGGAUCUCAUUUUCAUAG